CUUAAGUGAGCAUGUGAUACACGUAUGUAUGUAUAUAUAAAUAUGGUCUAUGACAAACAGUAUAAUUUGAAAAGUUGAGUAGCUAGGAAGAGGAGAAGAUCGAGAGAGAAGGAGAUGGGAAGGCCUCCUUGCUGUGAGAAGGUUGGCAUCAAGAAAGGUCCAUGGACACCUGAAGAGGAUAUCAUUCUUGUUUCUUACAUCCAAGAACAUGGUCCAGGCAAUUGGAGAGCAGUGCCAGCCAACACUGGGUUGUUGAGGUGCAGCAAGAGUUGCAGGCUUAGAUGGACUAACUAUCUCAGACCUGGAAUCAAGAGAGGGAACUUCACACCUCAUGAAGAAGGGAUGAUAAUUCAUUUGCAAGCUUUAUUGGGUAACAAAUGGGCAGCUAUAGCUUCUUACCUCCCACAAAGAACAGACAAUGAUAUAAAGAAUUACUGGAACACCCACUUGAAGAAGAAGCUCAAGAAGAUUCAGUCAGCUGUUGAUCAUCAUCAGCAGCAGCAACCUCAGGCUCAAAAUAAUAUAUUGGGAUCAUCUAUAUCAGACUCGACAACAAGUAAUUCUACUCAUCAUCAAUAUCCUCACAGGAAUAAUGUCAAUGACAUCACAAGCCAUGCCUCGACAACAACUCUCAGUCUCAGGUCCAUAAACCAGUCCUCCUCCUCCUCCUCCGGUGGUAUAUAUGCCUCCAGCACCGAGAACAUUUCGCGACUUCUUGAAGGAUGGAUGAGAACCUCGCCAAAGAGUACUUACGCUAACCUUGUAACCAAACCAUCUCAUGAUCGUGAAGAAAACCCAAAAGGUGGCCAAGACCAAGAUGAAGGCUGUGAUCAUGAUCUUUUAUCUCAUGAAGCAUUCCAAUCGAUUUUGUCCUUCGACAACUUGAAUAAUGUUAAUGCUGCUUCCUGGGACAGGUCUAGUACUACUAAUUGUGAUUCUAGUUCUAUCAAGCAGGUGUCUCAAACCCAAUGUAGUACUGCAGCUGCCAUUGCAAAUGAGAAGGAUAAGCACAUUAUUAGAGCCUGUGAAAGCACGAACACUCCUCCAUUAUCAUUUCUUGAGAAAUGGCUUCUGGAUGAAAGUGCUGCUGGACAAGUACUAGAGGAUCGAAUGAUGGAAUUGUCUCCAAUUUCCCUGGUGUGAACUAACCUACCCAUGGUCUGAACUCAGUCAAAAAAGAAGUGUUCAAUUGAUCUCUUUAGGGUUUUUAGUGUUUAAUUUCUGCUGAGCUUUCAAGAAGUUGAAAUCUCUUAAUUAAUUUGCUAAUUUGUAACCUUGUUCAAACUGAAUGGAAUAUUUCAAGUAA